UUGAACAGCCUAAUGUUUGCACGCGUCAUUGCUCAUCGUGUUGUCUCCAGUUCGAGUCCCCAUGCCCUCUUGUGCUUAGAUCAUUUUUAGUGAGUAGUUGUUUGUACUUUAGACCUCUUUGUUUGUUUUAUGUUUUAUUAUUUUUAUGUGCUUAGAUUAUUUUUUGUGACUAGUUGUUUGUACUUUAGACCUCUUUGUUUGUUUUACUGUUUUAUUAUUUUUAUGUUGAAAUAAAUUUAUAAAUUUAAAACAUUUCUCGAUUUUCGAAAAUAAAUAUAUGAAUGGGAGAGGAAGAAGACGGGGCGUGGCUGUGAGAGCAGCAAAGGAGGAAGAAGAAGUAGUGGAGGCACGAAGGAGGUCGACGAAAAGGAGAGUGGUGGUUACGGGAGUUGGUGUGGUAUCGGCGAUAGGGGACGAUCCGGACUUGUUCUACCAUCGUCUCCUCCACGGCGUCAGCGGCAUCACUCACAUCCAGUCCUUCGAUUGUUCCGAAUUCCCCACCAGAAUUGGAGGGGAAAUAAAGAGUUUUUCAGCUGAAGGGUGGGUUGCCCCUAAACUUGCGAAUAGAGCGGACAAGUCUACGCUUUACAUGCUAACUGCUGGCAAGAAGGCUCUUGUGGAUGGGGGAGUGACCGAAGACGUAAUGCCAGAGUUGGACAGAGCGAAAUGUGGGGUUCUGAUCGGCUCCGCGCUUGGCGGUCUCAAGGUUUCUUGCGACGCCAUAGAGGCCUCAAGGGUGUCCUACAAAAAAAUGAACCCUUUCAGCGUCCCUUUCGGUUCCCCCAACAUUGGGUCUGCCAUUCUUGCAAUGGAUUUGGGUUGGAUGGGGCCGAAUUACGCUAUAAGUGCAAACGGCGCAACAAGCAACUUCUGCAUCUUAAGUGCUGCAAAUCACAUUGUUAGAGGCAACACAGAUAUGAUGCUUUGUGGUGGAUCAGAAUCAACAUUUAUUCCUAUAGGAUUGGGAGGCUUUAUUGCAUGCCAGUCCCUCUCAAAGAGGAAUGAUGAUCCAGCAAGGGCUUCUCGUCCUUGGGAUAUGGAAAGAGACGGAUCCGUUUUGGGGGAAGGAGCCGGCGUCUUACUCUUGGAAGAACUACAACACGCUAAGAAAAGAAGGGCAAAGAUAUAUGCGGAGAUUCUAGGUGGAAGUUUCACCUGCGACGCUUACAGUGUGACCGAUCCGCACCCAAAUGGAGCGGGUACGGUUAUGUGCAUUGAGAAGGCCUUGGCUCAAUGUGGAGUGCAGAGAGAAGACAUCAAUUAUAUCAACGCUCAUGCGUGUUCUACCCCAACGGGUGAUCUCAGAGAGUAUGAAGCUAUAAUUCGCUGUUUCGGAAAUAACCCUGAGCUUAAAAUGAACUCUACAAAAUCUAUGAUUGGUAACCUCUUAGGGGCUGCUGGUGCAGUGGAAGCGAUCGCGACGAUUAAGGCAAUCCAAACAGGGUGGAUCCAUCCAAAUCUCAACCUUGACAACCCUGACAAAGGCUUUGACACAAAUGUGGUGGUAGGCACAACGAAGGAGCGGUUGGGCAUAAAAGUGGCGCUGUCUAAUUCAAUUGGCUUUGGAGGACUCAACUCUUGUAUUCUUCUAGCCCCUCCACCGUAAGGGUACCUUUUGGUUUCAUGUUUAAUACGCAUUCCCAUAAUUAGAAUUUUGAUGAAAUGUAUGGGUUAUCACUUUGUUUGAUCAACUUUAUUUUCAAUUUGUUUAAUUGUAGGUGUAAAAUUAAAAAAUAAAAAUUAUAUAUAUUAAAAAGGUAUAUCAAAA